AUUGUAUUUAUUUAUUUUAUUUUCGUUUAUAAAAAAAAAUGGGGUUUUUGAUACAUGCUAUCUUCAGGGCAAAUAAUUAUAGAUCUGCACAAUAUAUAAUACGUCGAUCCUAUUCGAAUACAUCUGAUAUUAUCGCAAGCGCCAUGGUAUAUUCUGACUAUGGGCAACCUUCUCAAGUAUUAAGAUUACAUUCUUAUCGGCUUCCUGCCUUGACUCCAGAUAGUGUUCACGUUAAAUUUCUUGCUUCACCUAUUAACCCCGCGGACGUCAAUAUGAUUCAGGGAGCUUAUCCUAUUAAACCAAAAUUCCAAACACUCGGAGAAAAAGACGAGCUAUUGGCUGUAGGUGGUAAUGAAGGCUUGGCUGAAGUCAUUUCAGUAGGUGAAAAUGUCAGUUCACUUAAGGUAGGAGAUCAGGUUGUGAUGGCCAAAUCAGGAUAUGGUACAUGGCGUACGCAUGCUGCAGGUACUGCUUCCGAUUUUCAAUUAUUACCUAAUGUAGGUGAUAAUGUAUCUAUCAUUCAAAAAGCAACUAUGACUGUUAAUCCCUGUACUGCUUAUCGGAUGCUAAAAGAUUUUGUUAAUUUAAAACAAGGUGACUAUGUUAUUCAAAAUGGUGGAAAUAGUGCUGUUGGUCAAGCUGUCAUUCAGAUUGCAAAAGCAUGGGGUUUGAAAACUAUUAACGUUGUGCGAAAUAGACCUGAUAUUGAUACACUUCGUCAAGAACUUAUUGAGCUUGGAGCUACACAUGUUGUAGUAGAUGAGACUCUUGGCAACUUUGAAACUAAAAAAGAAAUCAAGAGUUGGUUUGGUCAACAUCCUCCACUUUUAGGCUUAAAUUGUGUUGGAGGAAAAAAUGCAACUGAAAUGGCAAAAUAUCUCGGAAUGAAUGGUCAUUAUGUUACUUAUGGAGCUAUGUCUAAAAAGCCACUUUCAUUAGCUGCCUCUUUAUUAAUUUUCAAGAAUAUAUCUUUCCAUGGAUUUUGGGUAUCUAAAUGGUGUGAUAUUCAUACACAAGAAGAACGAUAUGCAAUGUUUGAAGAUCUUUUAAAGUUAAUGAAUGAAGGUAAACUACGUGAGCCUAAAUGGACCCAAGUAAAAUGGGACGAAGAAAGCAUGAAGCAGUCUGUUGAACAAGGAAUUUCUGGAUUUGCUGCUGGUAAACAGGUGGUUUUAUUUUAAUACUCUAUCUGUGCCACCAUCCAAAUUGUAAGAAAUAAAUAAAUAAAUAAAUAGAUAAAAUAAAGAGAUAAAAUAAAAAGAUAAAGUUUUUUUUCUUUUUCUUUUCUUUUUCUUUUUAUUCAUUUCAUUACAUUA